AUGUUGUAUGUGUCCUGGAAUUGCCCUUCAGAUAUGGCAAGUGCUCACCAUGACCGGGCGCAGGUGGAUAUCUACGAGAAGCUGCCCGUUCCCUUCGGGCUCGUCCGCUUCGGCGUGGCCCCGGACCACCCCGAGGUGAAGAAUGUGAUCAACACGUUCACGCAGACGGCGCGUUCGGAUCGCUGCUCCUACUACGGGAACGUCGCGGUGGGCAGGGACGUGACGGUGCGCGAGCUGCAGCAGGCCUACCACGCCGUGGUGCUGAGUUACGGUGCUGAGGACAGCCGGGCCCUGGGGAUCCCCGGGGAGAACCUCGCUGGGGUUUACUCAGCCCGAGCGUUCGUGGGCUGGUACAACGGGCUGCCCGAGAACCGGCACCUGAAGCCCGACCUGAGCUGUGAGACGGCGCUGGUCCUGGGCCAUGGCAAUGUGGCACUGGAUGUUGCCCGGAUUCUCCUGUCCCCGCUGGAUCUCCUCAGGAAGACGGACAUCACUGCCAGCUCCUUGGCAGCCCUGGCCUGCAGCAGGGUGAAGCGCGUGUGGCUGGUGGGCAGGAGGGGCCCUCUCCAGGUCUCCUUCACCAACAAGGAGCUGCGGGAGAUGAUCAACCUGCCUGGUGCCAGACCUGUCUUGGACCCUGCUGAUUUCACAGGCCUUGCAAAUGCUGUUAAAGAUGCCCCCCGGCCCAGGAAGCGGCUGACGGAGCUGAUGAUCAAAACGGCUUUGGAGCAGCCGGCGCAGGAGACGGCGGCCGCCCGGGAAUGGGGCCUGCGGUUCCAGCGCAGCCCCCAGGAGGUGCUGCCCACGGCCGAUGGGACGCGGGCGCGGGGCGUCCGCGUGGCCCUGACCCUGGGGGGCUCGGGUGACUCUGCCCAAGCCGUCCCCACGGGGGAGGUGGAGGAGCUCGAGGGCGGGCUGGUCCUCAGCAGCAUCGGCUACCGGAGCCUUCCCCUGGACCCGGCCGUUCCCUUCGACCCUCGGCACGGCGUGAUCCCCAACAGCUCGGGCAGGGUGCGCGGCGCUCCAGGGCUGUACUGCAGCGGGUGGGUGAAGAGAGGCCCCACGGGCGUCAUCAUGAGCACCAUGAACGACAGCUUCGACACGGCGCAGGCGGUGCUGGAGGACCUGCAGGCGGGCGUGCUGGACGUGGCUGCCUCCAGAGAGGGCUUCGGGGCCGUGGGGAGCAUCCUGCGCAGCCGGGGCGUCCGCCCGGUUUCCUUCUCGGACUGGGAGAAGAUAGAUGCUGCCGAAGUGGCAAGAGGAAAAGCUGCUGGCAAACCCCGGGAGAAGAUCGUGGAUCCCGAGGAGAUGCUGCAGCUCAUCGGCCACUGA